AUGGCGAGAGAUCAGUCGGCGCGCUGCCCGGUCUCUCCGGUGAGGAACGCUUGGCUGGCGGCGGCGGCGGCGGUCCUCCUCGCGGUACAAGGUAUCUUGGCUCAGAAAGUGCGAGUCGAGGAGGAGCUGGAGGCUUAUCCCACAGAGUCCGUUGAUCUCCGCUGCGAAUUCAUCGAUGGAGGAGGCCGAACCAAACUCACACAGGUGUCUUGGAUAUGGGAGCCUGUUGAUGGUCAAAGGGACAACAUUGCUGUGUACCACCCCAUCUACGGACAGAGUUUCCCCAACCCAUCCUUCAAGGACCGAGUUAUCUUCCUCCACAACAAUCUGGAGAGCCCGUCCAUUAGGAUCUCUAACCUAAAAAUGUCCGACGCCGGCCGGUACACCUGCGAGUACGCCACCUACCCUUCUGGAAACGAACAGGGGACGACCAGCCUCGUCAUGCUCGCCAAGCCUAAGAACUCCGCCAACGUUGUGACCGUCCAGGCUGGCUCCAAGUCGGUGGUGGUGGCCCAGUGCGAGGCAGCGGACGGCAAACCUGCGGCCACCAUCAAGUGGCUGUCGUCAGUCGGAGGCAACCACUCGACCAGCACCACGAACGGGCCGGACGGCACGGUGACGGUACGCAGCGAGUACCGGCUGGUCCCCACGGCGGCAGAUGACGGCGGGGAGGUGACCUGCAUGGUUGACCAGAGGACGCAGGAGCGGCCGUGGGUUUACCCUGUCAAGCUCUCGGUGGAAUACCCCCCUUCUGUGUCCAUAGAGGGCUACGACAACAACUGGUACGUGGGGCGGUCGGGCGCCAUGCUGCUCUGCAUGGCCAACGGCAACCCUGCGCCCACCACAGUCACCUGGACCGCGGCGUCUGGCUCUCUGCCGGACACGGUGGUGGUGAGCGGCAACAAGCUGACGAUAAGGAAGGUGGACGACGCCGUCAACACCACUUUCAUCUGUGAGGUCAAGAACAAGCACGGCGCCAGCCGGCACCAGAUCACCACCAUCGUCAUCGAAGCCCUGGAGGAUCCGUCCAACGCCGGCGUCGUGGCGGGCGCAGUCAUCGGCUCCCUCCUGGCCCUGCUAUUGGUAGUCGCGCUCGUCGCCGUUCUCCUGAGCCGGAGUCGCCGGCAGCAGAGGCGUGGCUACCCUGGCGGCGGGGACUCUGUGGCGGCCGGCGCCGGCGGAGGUAACAAUGGCGGAGACUACGGCAAUAAAGCCCGCCUGCUGUUUAGCGGAGCAGGCAGCAACGGCAGCAAAAACGGGACGAGCGCUAACAACAACGGGCCCGUCUACACGUACCGGGAGGGCUGCGACGCCACGGGGACCCUGACGGAGAAGGCCAACGACUAUCACCAUCACCACCUCCACCACGCCUCAAUGGGCAACCCACCAACCGCCCACGAUAUCCUCCUCAGCGGUGAGAUGGACGAAGCCGACAGGAGAAAGUUCGACAUGGACGACAGCAUGGAGGAGGACUACGACAGGUUCGGGGGCAUCGGGGGGGGGGACAUGCAGCCUCCCGCCUACCACGUCCACAGAGGCCGCGGCGAGGAAGAAAUAGACGUGUACCUCGACGACGACAUGGAGUCUCAGAGGGACGGCUCGGUCAUUUCCCGGACUGCCAUUUACGUCUAAGGAUGGGGGGAGGGGGAAAUGGAAAGGAGAGGGCUGAAAAAAAGUGACCGUGGUGGAGGAAGAGCAGCCUUCUUUGCCGCCGAACAAACCGCCAUCGCCUCCAUCAGCUAAUGACCUGCUUCACAUUCAGCCCGAUUAAAGAGAUGCCAUCCUCUCCGCUUGACAUUGGCUGUACAAUUUCAUAAAAGGGGACAAAAAGAAAAAACGAUGAAGGAAAAUAACGUUUUUGUUUAGCUGCUGAAGGAAAUCUUAUUAUGGCUGUUAGUGGACUGUGGUUGAUUAUGUGACUGUGUUAAAUCAUUGAGACAGAUUUCAUUCCAUGUCAGCCGAAUAUAACAAAAAAGGAAAAACAAAAAAAGUACUGCAAAGAGCCAACAAAAACCACAGCAACUCUUGACAGUGACGCUGCUUAUUGCUGUACGUUCUCGUUUCUUCAGCUUUGCCAGUGUGUGAUUGUGUUGAGUGACUAGAUUUGUUUGUGUUUUUAUACCUUUUACCGGAGAACACAAUCCGCAAAGACCAGGAGCACCGCAACCACCAUUCCAAAAUCGACACUACUCAAAAAUCGCCUUGCUGUUUCAAAGUAAAUCUAAUAAAAAUAAAAAAAACUUCUUCAACUCUACAUUAAAACGGCUUGUGUGGAAGUUGCCAGUUUGCUGCAGACUCUUCUAACAGGCCUGAGACAUUUAACAGUGACUCGGGGGGUUCCCGCCCCACUCCGUGACACCACCUGGUCCCCUGACGGGUGCCACUGGGAGCGAGGGCAGCCAAACCGAGUAAC